CAAACACACACACACACAGUUCUGUCUCUAUAGUAAACCCCAUAGGACUCAUUUACAUGUUGCAGCCCAUGAGGAACAGAGAGUUUGCAUGAGAGGCAUGAUGACAGGGCAGGUAAUAAAUAGACUGGGCAGGUAGGAAGGCACUCAGCAAACAUACAAGGAAACGUGUGUGUUAUAUUGAGCCGGUGCUGUCAUGUGGAUACUGUCAAUGAGGAUGUGGAGCUGACAGAUGCAAGAUCUCAGCAGGUUACAGAACAGGAGACGAAAGGAGUCUGAGUUUGUCGUCGUGACGCCACAGCAGCCUGUGUAAUGGGUCUCCUGGUGCAGCUCAGGCUUCUGCUCUGGAAGAAUUUCACUUUGCGCAAGAGACAGAAGUUGCGGUUGGUAAUCGAGCUAAUAUGGCCUCUGUUCCUGUUUUUCAUUCUGGUGUGGGUGAGAUCCACCAAUCAUCCUGUCUACAAAGGCCAGUGCCAUUACCUCAACAAGCCGAUGCCUUCAGCUGGGUUGUUGCCAUGGUUACAGGGCAUGGUCUGCAACAUGCAGAAUCCGUGUAUCAGUGAGCCGACGCCUGGAGAAGCCCCCGGCCAGGUCAACAACUUCAACAACUCCAUCAUUGCGAAGGCAUUAAUAGAGGUUCAGUCGCUCUUAACUGACUCCUCGCUGCUGUCUAAUGUCAGACUUCUCUCUGAUGAUAUCAACAAAUGGACUUCUGUCCUUGAGAAUUUCAAUACAGCCAAAGGUCGGUCAAUUCCUUUGCACAGUGUGCUGAGAGAUAAUGAGACGCUCUCCGAAUACCUUAAGAGCAACCUUUCAGUAUCAAGUUCGACUGCCCAGAGGCUGAUGAGCGUGAGACUCCGACUCAAUCAGUUACCUGCACUCACACGUGAGACGGACUUGCAAUCCACUCUUUGUGGCUCCUCAGUCGACCGCUUCCUGGAGUUCAACUCAACAAUUCAGAGACAGGAAUUCCAGAACGUCACAUGCUCCCUGACGCCCAAUCAGCUUCUUCAGACCAGAGCUGUUCUCGUCCAAAAUCUGGACAACAGAAAACUCCUAGCUGCUGUGCCUUUCGCUCUGAAUGUGAACCCUGUAGAUUUCGCCACUUUGCUGGCCAGCACCAGUUCCCAUGCAACCCCUCUGGCGAGUCAGGUAUCAAAAUUACAGACCACAGCAAUCCUUAAUGCCGUGAACUCUCUAGACUUCCGCUCAAAUCCUUUCGGUAGUUUGACCCUGUUGAUGUGUGGUGGGAAUUCAAGCUCCAAUACCAGCAGUGCAAAGCCGAUUCGAUUGACAACACAAUCCACACUCUCACUAAGCUCCAACUCAUCUGUCGGAAACUCAAGUGAUUUUUGUCAGAAUCUGAUUGACACUAUGAAAGGCACAUCCGCCCUGCGUCUUUUCUGGACUAGUCUCCGCCCACUUCUUCAAGGACGAGUCCUCUACACUCCAGACACACCCUUCACGCGGCGGGUUAUGGCACAGGCCAACAGCACCUUCGACACUCUGGCUAAAAUCAGCGAACUGGCCACCGCUUGGCUGGAAAACGAAGACGAGAUAUGGAACUUCUUCGACAACAGCACACAAAUGAACAAGCUCCGGGCUCUGCUGGAGAACCCACUCUUUUCGGCAGCUCUUGAUCAGUGGCUGAAUGGUACCAGAUUGUCUUCAGCAGUUAUCGCAAAUUUUCUGUUCAACGCUGAUGAAAAGGACCGGCCUGCAGGGAUGCCAUCAUUCGACUGGAGAAAUGUCUUUAACAUCACCAGUCAGGUUGCGAGACUCAUCACGCAAGUCAUGGAGUGCUUCGAUCUGGACAAGUUUGAAGCCAUGGCCAGUGAGAGCAUUUUAGUGGGACGUGCCCUCAAGCUGCUGGAUCAGGAGAGGUUUUGGGCUGGAGUGGUUUUUACAGACCUGGACUCAAGCAGCCCAUCACUCGUCAGAUAUAAGAUCCGGAUGGACGUCGAGGAAACCGAGAGGACGGAUAAGAUUAAAGACAGGUCCUGGUUUCCGUCGGCUCGUGAUAACCCGUUUAACGAUCUGCGCUAUGUGAGAGGAGGCUUUGUGUAUCUGCAGGACAUGCUGGACCGUGCUAUCAUCCAGACCCAGACGGGGGUCAGGCAAACUCUGGGCGUCUAUGUGCAGCAGAUGCCUUAUCCCUGCUAUGUAGAUGACGCGUUCCUGCGCUCAUUAUCACGCUCACUGCCCAUGUACAUGACAUUAGCAUGGAUCUACUCGGUAGCACUCAUAGUGAAGGGGGUGGUGCAGGAAAAGGAGCUGCGUCUAAAGGAGACAGUUCGAAUGAUGGGCCUGAAGAGCAGCACUUACUGGCUGAGCUGGAGCAUCAGCAGCUUCAUCCCUCUUUGCAUCAGCGCAUUCCUUCUCACAGUCAUCCUCAAGUACGGGAAGGUUCUGAGAUACAGCGACCCGUCGGUGAUCUUCGUGUUCCUGUUGGUGUUCUGCCUAGCCACAGUCAUGCAGUGCUUCUUCAUCAGUGUCUUUUUCUCACGAGCAAAUCUGGCUGCCGCCUGCGGUGGACUCAUCUACUUCCUCCUCUACCUUCCCCAUGUGCUCUGUUAUGCCUGGAGAGACGUCAUGACCUUCCGAGCCAAGCUCGCCACGAGCCUGCUGUCAUGUGUGGCAUUUGGUUAUGGUUGUGAGAAUUUUGCUCGAUAUGAGGAGCAGGGCAUUGGCAUUCAGUGGAAGAACAUCAUGAUCAGCUCUCAGGAUGAUGACCCUUACACCUUCAUGGUCUCUAUCAUCAUGAUGCUGAUUGACACACUGUUCUACUGGAUACUCACCUGGUACAUUGAGAACGUCUUCCCAGGACAGUAUGGAGUUCCCAAGCCUUGGUAUUUCCCAUUCACCUCCUCGUACUGGUGUGGAACUCCGGCUGGGGCAGACAUAGAGCAGGAUCCGUUUGAUGCACUGGAGGAGCAGAAUGCUUACCUGGAAAAGCCUCCCGCUAACAUGAAAGCAGGUGUGUCUAUAAGGAACCUGGUGAAGGUGUAUAAGACUGGAAAGAAACUAGCUGUGGACAAACUCACUUUGGAUUUCUACAAGGACCAGAUCACAUCAUUCUUAGGACACAAUGGCGCGGGAAAAACCACAACUAUGUCCAUUCUGACCGGCCUGUUUGCCCCGACGUCCGGCACGGCUUACAUAAAUGGCUUCGACAUUCGCAAGGACAUGGACAGUAUACGCAAGACGCUUGGCAUGUGCCCACAACACAACGUCUUAUUUAACGACCUCACUGUGGAAGAGCACAUUUAUUUCUAUGCCCGUCUCAAGGGGAGGAGCUCCAAGGAAGUCAAACAGGAAAUAGAUCAAAUGAUCAAAGACGUCGGGCUGCCGCAUAAGCGCAAGGAUCUCGCCAAGAACCUUUCAGGUGGGAUGCAGAGGAAGUUGUCGGUUGCCAUAGCGUUUGUGGGCGGGUCCGACGUGGUGAUUCUGGACGAGCCGACAGCAGGAGUGGAUCCGUACGCCCGGAGAGGAAUCUGGGAACUGCUGCUAAAAUAUAAAAUGGGCCGUACCAUCAUUCUGUCCACGCACCACAUGGAUGAGGCGGACAUUUUGGGGGAUCGCAUCGCCAUCAUCUCCCAUGGCAAAGUCUGCUGCUGCGGAUCCUCCCUCUUCCUGAAGAAGACCUACGGCAGUGGCUAUUACCUCACACUUGCAAGAGCCAAUCAGGAGAUAAUGACAUCACAACGCCAUACAGGGGGCACACAGCUCAGUGAUGCCUCCAGUUUAGAUGAAGGGAUCGGUUCAGGAAGCAUCAGCACCAUGGAGCCAGCAGACGUAGCAGAUGUCACUUCUGUUAUACGCUUGCACAUCCCGGAGGCGGAGUUCCUAGAGGUGAUAGGUCAGGAGCUGGUUUAUGUGCUGCCAUAUGCUGGCUCAAAAGAUGGCAGCUUUGCCUCGCUUUUCAAAGAACUUGAUUUGGAGCGAGAGAGGCUGGGGAUCAGUAGCUACGGGAUCUCAGACACCAGCUUGGAAGAGAUAUUUCUGAAAGUGGCAGAAGAGACGGGCGUUGACGUGGAAACAAAUGAGAAAAGAGAGACGCUUCAGAGAGACUGGAAAAGAAGCUCUAUAGAGUCGAAAUCACGUAGCAUGAGUUUAGCCUUGGAGAAAAGAGACAGUACAGAUUCUAAACAAGCAGAAAAGAAAGGAAGGUUUCUAAAUCGAGUUGAAGAUGGUCAACGGCCUACGUGUGUGAAUGGCAAAGGUUCUUAUGUUAUCACCGGCUGGCCUCUGAUUAGACACCAGUUCCUGGCGUUGUUUAUAAAGCGAUUUCACCAUGCACGAAGAAGCAGAAAAGGAAUCAUCGCUCAGGUGGUCCUCCCAGCGCUGUUUGUCUGUCUGUCUCUGAUUUUCUCUCUGAUUCUCCCACCGUUUGUGGAGUACCCCACUCUGGAACUGCAACCCUGGAUGUAUGGAAAACCACAAAACACUUUCUACAGUGCUGACAGGACGGAUGUGGACCAGGCAGCUAGGGUCACACGUGCUCUCCUUUCUGAACCAGGCUUUGGCACACGCUGCAUGGAAGGAAACCCUAUACCUAAGUACCCAUGCACUCCUUCUGGAGCCACGGACUGGUUCACUCCAUCGGUUGACCACUCCAUCCUCGAGAUCUUUAAGAAUGGAAACUGGAGCAUGCAGAAUCCAUCUCCAGAUUGCCAGUGCAGCACUCCCCAAAGGAACAUCAUGCUGCCAGACUGCCCUCCUGGUGCUGGAGGAUUACCACCACCACAGAAAACACAGAAUACAACAGACAUACUGCAGGACCUUACAGGUCGAAAUAUGACUGACUUCUUGCUCAAGACCUAUGCUAAGUCUGGAAAAAUACGGUAUGGCGGGAUCUCUGUUGGAGAUAUAAACUCUCAGGUCAAACUGAAUGAAUCUGAGAUCACUGAACUUCUGUCAGACCUCAAGAAUCUCUUCAACUCUUCACAGAACAACAUAACUGAGAAGUUCUUCCAAAACUUGGAGACGCUACUGGUUAAUUUGGGAACAAAGGACAACGUAAAAGUGUGGUUCUAUAACCAGGGAUGGCAUGCAAUUGUAUCAUUCCUGAACGUGGCCACGAAUGCCAUCCUCAGAGGAAAUCUUCCAGCUGGAGUGCAGCCCAAACUGUACGGAAUCUCAGCCUUUAACCAUCCGCUUAAUCUCACCAAACAGCAGCUCACCGCCACAUUGAUGUCGAGCUCUACGGAUGUGGUGGUGGCGAUCUGCGUGAUUUUCGCCAUGUCCUUUAUCCCUGCCAGCUUUGUCCUCUUUCUCAUUCAAGAGCGUGUCAGCAAAGCUAAACACCUGCAGUUUGUCAGUGGGGUCAAUCCUGCUGCGUACUGGGUGGCCAACUUCACCUGGGACAUGUGUAAUUAUGUCGUCCCAUGUCUCAUCGUCAUUGUCAUCUUCCUCUGCUUCCAACAAAAAGCCUACGUUUCGCCUCAGAACCUGCCUGCACUCGUGCUGCUGCUGGUACUCUAUGGGUGGGCAAUCACACCAAUGAUGUACCCGGCCUCGUUCGUGUUCAGCAUUCCCAGCACGGCGUAUGUGGUUCUCACCUGCAUCAAUCUCUUCAUUGGCAUCAAUGGCAGCAUUGCCACCUUCGUCAUGGAGUUGUUUAAUGACCCGAACAUUACUGAUAUCAAUAACAUAGUGAAGCAAGUGCUGUUGAUCUUCCCUCACUUCUGUCUGGGUCGUGGCCUCAUUGAUAUGGCCAAGAAUCAGGCCAUGGCAACAAUUUAUCUCAGUCUGGGAGAGGAUAGGUUUGAAGAUCCCCUGAGCUGGAACAUGGUGGGGAAGAAUCUGUUUGCUAUGGGGAUACAGGGUGUAGUUAUGUUUGGCUUCACCCUCCUCAUCCAAUACAAAUUCUUUUGUAAACCCCGGUUAGUCACUGUGUUGCCAAGAUCUACAGAAGAAGAGGAUGAAGACGUGGCUAGGGAGCGGGAGCGAGUGAAGAGAGGGAAUGCCCAGAAUGAUCUGCUCAGGAUUUGUGACCUCACCAAGGUGUACUCGGGUAAGAAGAUUCCAGCGGUGGACAGGAUAACUGUGGGUGUCCCAGCUGCUGAGUGCUUUGGCCUACUGGGUAUAAAUGGGGCUGGAAAAACCACAACUUUUAAAAUGCUGACUGGAGACAUUCGACCCUCGGGUGGUGAAGCCUUCCUCAGUGGAUACAGCAUUCGGACAGAGAUGAGCCAGGUCCAUCAGAACACGGGAUAUUGUCCUCAGUUUGAUGCCAUAGAUGACCUCCUAACAGGACGGGAGCAUCUGGAGUUCUACGCACGCCUCAGGGGGGUGCCAGAGAGGGAGGUCACCACGGUAGCAGAGUGGGGGAUACAGAAACUAGGUCUGGUGAAAUAUUCCAACAAAUCUGCAGGUACCUACAGCGGAGGGAACAAGCGCAAGCUGUCUACAGCCAUGGCUCUGAUUGGUUGCCCUCCUCUUGUCUUUCUGGAUGAGCCGACCACAGGGAUGGAUCCUAAAGCUCGCCGUUUCCUGUGGGACUGUAUCCUCAGUGUGAUCAAAGAGGGUCGUUCUGUCAUCCUCACCUCACACAGUAUGGAGGAGUGUGAGGCUCUGUGCACUCGGAUGGCCAUAAUGGUAAAUGGCCAGUUUAAAUGUCUGGGCAGCAUUCAACAUCUAAAGAGCAGGUUUGGCGACGGUUACACUGUGAUAGUGCGUGUCAAUGGCGGUACAGCAGAUCUGAACUCGGUCGAGGAGUUUGUGACUCUGACGUUCCCGGGCAGCGUGCUGAAAGAGAAACAUCACAACACGCUGCAGUACCAGAUGCCCCACAGUGAGGGCGCUCUCUCACAUAUCUUCAGCCAGUUCAGUAAAUACCAGCACACACUGGGAGUGGAGGAUUACUCAGUGUCUCAAACCACACUGGAUCAGGUGUUUGUGAAUUUCGCUCGCCAGCAGCACGACGCUGAAGACGGUGUCUACGAGAAUCCUGUAGAUGUGGGCGACGAAAUCCCGAUGCAGACCCACACCAACACACAAAUAAGCAAACACUGAAUAACCGCUGAGUACUGAACAGACUCUCAGACCUCAUGUUAAGAUGCAUAGCGUAUAAGUCUACUUUUCUACUGUGAUAUUAAUAAAAACUCUUCAUAGGAGCUCUCAGGAAUUUGAUAGAAAAAAAGGAAUAUUUUCGUUGUUUGGAAUCUUUUUAUCUUCACAUCGCAAUUUUAUUAAGUGCACAAAUGAUUGGAAAGAAACUGUUCAGAGGAAGCUGUCAGCUUCAUGCUGUAAUAGAAACAUGCCAAAAAAACAAAUUUCAAUGAUGAUUUGAUUAUGAUUCUUAAAUUCAUUGUUUUGUUUUGUUUUCCUGAUAAUUCACUCUUAACUAAUACACUAUUAAUGUAGAGGAAGUCUAUUUUGAUAUCUUUGUUGUGAUGUAAAUCUUGCCAAAAAAUUUAUCAUCUUCAUUAUCAGUUGUUUUCAUGGAUCGUCAUCAUCAUCAUCAUCACUUUAAAUAACAUUACAUUUAUUUGUAUAUGAAUUUUAUAGUGGACCAAAGUGCAAUAUUUAUAUUUGCAGAUCUUUUAUUCUACUGAUAUUCUACUGAUCUUAGACAUCACUCCUAAAUUCAUAGCCUUCUCAA